GAAGGAUGUCAACUGACCUCAUUACUGAAAUAUUAUUACAAUUGGAGUCAUCACUGUAGCACGGCAAAUUAAUUGGCUGUGCUUAUCAGAUGUGUUUCAGUCAAGGAAGAAGUCUUGGGGCAAAAAAAAAAGUUGAAUGGCGCGGUGCCACUGUUGCUGGCGUAGGGCCUUGAUCUGCGUGUGCGGCCUGUGCAUCUGCCUCGUCCUGCUGUUCCUCUCCCUCGGCAUCAUGGUGUGUUCAAACAUGAAUAAUGCGGCAUCGCAGGCGGCCUUAUAUUCAAUGCGUUCUCCAAAAAGUGAUCACUUUGUGACCUAUCGGAGAUUUAAAGAUAUGGACUUUACCUCAAUUUCGAAAACUUUCUGGAAGCUCCACGAAGAGGCUUUGUGGAACCAACUCCAGUUGGCCAUUGACCGUCACCUCAACCCCAUCCUGAAUCCGCAAAAUGCCCAUAGGAGGUUCAAGAGUAGGGCCUUUUAUGAUUCCCUUCUGAGGCUAAGCUUCUCGCAGGUUACCGACUUGGAUCCCACGAGGAGAAAAAUUGAGAAGCUACCACAGCAGAUGCGAGACUUUGUGAGCCACAUGAAACGGAGAAACUACCAGGUCCUCAUCCAGUCUCCAAAUGCAACCUGUGGAGCAGGAGCGGUCAAUGAGAAGGAACCGCCGCUGCUCCUCCUCGCCGUUAAGUCGACCCACUUGAACUUUAAGAACCGUCAGGCCAUCCGGCAGACCUGGGGCAGGGUGGGCUGGGUGGCCACACACAGAAUGAACGGCGGUCAAAGACAGGAAGUUGGGGGAUAUAUCCGCCGGGUGUUCCUAAUCGGCAAAGAGUACACCCGAAAUUCUGCAUGGAAUGUAUCCGAAUUGUUGCAGAUGGAGGAUCAACUAUAUGGCGAUAUUCUUCAGUGGGACUUUGACGACACUUUUUUCAACCUCACCUUGAAAGACGUUCUCUUCUGGAAGUGGUUCACCCACCAAUGCGGCCAGACUCGCUUUGUAUUUAAGGGAGACGACGACGUUUUCGUCAACACGCCAAACUUGAUCAACUACCUCCACGACCAGCUGGAGAAGCCACACGCAGAUCGCACCAUGAAUGAAUUCAUGGUCGGCGAUGUCAUCGCCGCAGCUUUUCCCAAUCGAGUUCACCAGUCUAAGUACUUUGUGCCAGACAGCUUUUACGAGGGACUUUAUCCCACCUACGCAGGUGGUGGAGGAGUGGUGUAUUCGGGCCAGCUGGCUAAACGUCUUCAUAAAAUCUCUGGAAGAGUCCACCUCUUCCCUAUUGAUGAUGUUUUCGUUGGGAUGUGCAUGACUCGGCUUAACGCGCACCCCACCCACCACCCGGGCUUCCUCACGUUCGACUUCCGUGGCGAUGAAGAGAAGGAGCUAUGUGCAUACCACACAAUACUAUUGGUUCAUAAACGAAAUCCGACGCAGCUAAUUGAACUGUGGGAUGAAUUGUCGAAGACACGCAGCCAGUGUUUGCACGUGCCACUGAGGAUGUCCAACAAGAAAACUUCUCUUCUUGGGUAGUGUUCAUGUGUGAGGUGUUCGUCAAAGAGAAAAUGAGGUGAAUGCAAAGACGUGAAAAGCAUGCUUUUGAUAUCCUUGAUACGCAGCUCAAGGUCAAUGUACUGGUACGCUCUUUGUCUCACAAGGAUGUCAUUUCAACCCACUAGUAGAAUAACUGUGUCUCACGAAUAACAAUCUUUUCCACAUCUGUAUGACAUUUCUGCACACUGUUGGCAUUCUAAGACAAUUACAUGUUAACAGUGAGGAAAAUCUAUGCCCAGCAGGCUACCAGCGCAGCACAGUCAUCUUAAAGUGCUUGCAUAUAUGCUGUGCCACUA